CCGGGCUGGUGCAGAGCGCACAAAACCCAACGUGUUUCUGUUUACCUCCGGUGUGGGGUUUGUGUUUCUGCUCGGUCGUACAGUUCAAAAGGAGUUUUAUUAAAGAUAUUCGUGUGGAUGGAUAUCUCCGGUACUGUUCGCCGGCACCAGGAGGCCUGAGCCAGGGCCGCAGACACCUGGCAGGUACCAUCUGUCAGCAUGAUUACACCUCAGCUAGCACGGUGACUAACACGCUAAACCUGUGUGACACGCAGAAGAGAGACGAUGGUUGAGGAGAGGAGUCGAGCCGUCAUGGCUGUGAUGCUCCUCCUAGUCUUGACUUGGUCCGGUGGCGACGGGUCGGCGGGUUUGGAAUGCAGCCCGCCCACAACGGAGACGCUCGGCGCGGUGCGUUUACUGCCGGCUGUGGUCGACUCCCAGAGGGCGGAGCAGAGUCAGAGACAACACCUGGAGGCUUUGUUCAACAGGUACGGAGAGAACGGCACCAUCUCUCUGGCUGGUCUGAAGCGUCUCUUACAGAACGUGGGUUUGAAUCGCAUCAGGGCGGUGAGGGUGCAGCACCACGAGCAAGCAGGCCAUCAUCAUCACAAUCACCACCAUCAUCACAAUCACCACAACGGCCACCAUAACCACCAUCCGCAUAAUGACAGUCACGACGCGAGUGACAGGAAGCCAGCGGCGCAGGAGGGCGGCUCCACGGCGCCGUACAGCGCCCAACUGGUGGCGAGAGCAGACGGUAAUAAAAGACAAACCAGCAGUCCUGCAGGGGGACAGACUGCUGCCGGACUGCUCUCUGCAAACCGGACAGAGUCAGCCGCAGUCAGCGAGGGGGGCCACCUCAACCACGAGCACGACCACGAGCGUGUACACCGAGGGCUUCCCGGCAACCGGAGCGAGGACCGAGUGGAGUGUCUGAACGCCUCCAGCAUCCUCUCCUCACAUGGGAUGUCUGUGGAGGGGAGCAUGACCCUCAGCGACUUCAGCAUCCUCUGCCCCGCCCUCCUCAACCAGAUUGACAGCGAAGCGUGCAUCCUGGACGGAGAUGCUGCACAACACGGGGAGAGAGAUCAUAAGCAUGCUCACGGUCACCACGACCACGACAACUUGGACCACGACUUCAGCGAGCGCUCCGGUGGAGAAAGCAGCAAAAGCAUCAUGACAGCGUGGGUCGGAGGCUUCAUCUCCAUCACCAUCAUCAGCCUGCUGUCGCUGCUCGGCGUCGUGCUCAUCCCGCUCAUGAACAGAGUUUUCUUCAAGUUCCUCCUCAGCUUCCUGGUGGCGCUGGCUGUCGGCACGCUCAGCGGAGACGCCUUCCUUCAUCUCAUCCCCCACUCUCUUUCCUUCGCCCACCAUCACCACCACGAGAAUCCUGGGAUGAAUUUCUCGGAGGGACAUCAAGCGCACCAGGAGCAGGAGGAGAACCUGGACCCUGUGUGGAAGGGUCUGACAGCUCUGAGCGGAGUCUACAUCAUGUUUCUGAUCGAACACUUCCUGACGCUGGCAAAGAUGUAUAAAGACAAGAAACAAAAGGUCCAAAAGAAAUGGGAUCAGAACGACAAAGCAGAUCCGGAGAAGCAGCCUGCUCUGGAGGAGAACGACCUGAAACCAGCUGAAGAUGUGGAGACGAAUGGCGCAGGUUUGUUCGGCGACCACUCAAACAACCUGCAUGGAAGCAGCGUGGCCGAGGAGGAGCAGGUGAUGCUGGCGCCGCAGGUGUCCGUGUUGCCAUCUGGUGCCGCCGCCUACACCGCUGAGGACUGCGAGAACAAAUGUCACUCGCACUUUCACGACACGGUUGGCCAGGCGGACAGCAUGCACCACCACCACCACGACUACCACCACAUCCUGCACCACCACCACUCCCAGAACCACCACCCGCACAGCCACUCCCACUCCUACUCAGAGCAGCACUUCCAGGAGGCCGGCGUGGCAACGCUCGCCUGGAUGGUGAUCAUGGGAGAUGGACUGCACAACUUCAGCGAUGGGCUGGCUAUCGGUGCUGCCUUCACCGAGGGUCUGUCCAGCGGUCUCAGCACGUCUGUGGCUGUUUUCUGCCACGAGCUGCCUCACGAGUUAGGUGACUUUGCGGUUCUCCUCAAGGCCGGUAUGACUGUGCGUCAGGCCAUCCUCUACAACGUGUUGUCGGCCAUGAUGGCCUACCUGGGGAUGGUGACGGGGAUCCUGAUCGGACACUACGCAGAUAACAUCUCCAUGUGGAUAUUCGCCCUGACAGCCGGGCUCUUCAUGUAUGUGGCUCUGGUGGACAUGGUGCCGGAGAUGUUGCACAACGACGCCGGGGACCACGGCUUCAGCCACUGCGGCUUCUUCCUGCUGCAGAACGCCGGCAUCCUGCUGGGCUUCUGCAUCAUGCUGCUAAUCGCCCUUUUUGAGCACAAAAUCCAGCUGGACCUGGGCUACUGAAGGACAGUUCAGUCUGUGAGCUGCGUGCGCGUUUCAGCGUCAGAGGUGUGGUGUGUUGUUUGUUUUCUUUAGGUGUUGUCGCUCCGCUCACCUCGACUUAGUUUGUAUUCUCGCAAAAAAAGAAGCAUCAGUUCCACUGCCCACAUCUCUCUGUCGUCGUAGCUGAAGGAGGAAAAGUUCCAAACCCCCCCGAGCUGCUGACGCUCCAGUUCAUCAUGCUGCUUGAGCUGAGGUUAGAAGAAAAGUUUUAGUUUUGGUUUAGGACAAUUCCUCCCAUUUCUGACAAACUCCUGAGCCUUAACACGGCCAACAAAAACACAGAAAUCCUCGUUGUAACAUCUCUUCACUCACAAAUCCUCCUAACAGUCUAAACAAGAAACACACUGCGAUGUCGUGUUUGCCUUCACGAUUCAGUUUUUAAGUCUGAUUCAGGCGUUUACUUCGACUGCAUCAGAAGUGUUGGAGGCGUUUCUGCUGCAGUUAAAAGCAUGUCAGUAUUUCAUCAACUUAAAAGUGCCAAAAAAUAAAAAUAUCGGCCCUAAUUAGCAUAUCAAGUGACUAUCUGUAUCGGCUCAUUUAUCUCCGAUAUGCGCCGAUGUUACGAGAUUUAUUCACCAAUCAAAUAGCAUUUCAUUUGAGUUUAAUUGGAUUACACUGGCAGUUCUCUUUCACCAGCAGGGGGCGCUGUAUAGAUUACAACCAGCAUCAUCACUGUGCAGAGUGUCGAGCAGUGAUAGAGGGAUAUGGGAUUUUUGUGGCUGAUACAGACAUCGAUAUUGGGGAGAGAAAAAAUCUCAUCAGCCGAUACCUUUCUUAGAUCUGUGUUUGAUCUGUAGUUAUAUUGAUUUAUUGUGCUGAUCCUUCAGUUAUCAAACACUUGUUGAAAAGAUUUAUAAUGAAGACGAGAUGGUCACUCAAGUAACUGAGCAUGUACGUGCAUCACCACUCGACACUCUGCAGAGUGAUGAUGUUUGUUGUAAUCCAUAUAGCGCCCUCUGCUGGUGAAAGAGAACUGCUAGUGUAAUACAAUGAAACUCAAAUGAAAUGCUGUUUGACUGAAUAAAUCGAGUAAUAUCGGUGCAUAUCUGAGAUAAAAUGAGCCGAUGUUGAUAGUCACUGGAUAUGCUGAUACGGGCAUAGAUCUGAGAAAGAUAUCAGUCAACAUAUCGGCAUCAGAUUUCUUCUCCCUACCCAAUAUCGAUAUCAGUAUCGGGUCUUUACUGCGUUUUUUUCACUGCUACUCGUUGGAGAUUAACUGGAGCAAUUAAAAAAACCCUCGCACCUCUUUUGUCUUUAAGGGUCAAGUUUGAAAAAUGUUGUGCUAACAAAAAGAGUUCUGCAAGAUUGAAUGACCGUUUUCGUUAACAGAGUGUGGCGGCGCUGAAAGAGAGCGAUUUAACCCCUUCAGAGGCAACAAAAACAACAUGAUUUUACCAAAAUAAAAGGUCUAACUGUAGGGGAACGGCCUGAGCCUGUUGGUUACUAAAACAUCUUUUAAAGAAUGUGACGUGUUUGGACGACCCCCCCCCCCCCCCCCCCCUUUCUUCCUCGAGCGAUGACUGCUUUUGUCAGCGCUCUAAGUUAAAUCAAAAAAUUUAAUUACAUUUACUUUAAGUUAAAUCAAUCUACUGAACCUUUUCCUCUCUACGAGUCAUUUGGAGCCAUGUUAUGUUAAAAUAAAUCGGAUGUUAACGCGGACGCAUCUCUGGCAGGUCAGCCUCGAUCCCAUGUGACUUGAUGGGAAGUCGGCUUGUAAAGAAAAACGGUGUGUGUCCAACAUGAAGUAAUGUCCCCUUCUUUUUCUUAUUUAUUUGUACUGUUGCAGCUAAAGGGUUAAUGUGGCAGCUCAACUUGAAUCUGUGUUACAGAUAUUCCUUUUGUUACGUUUGGUCUGGAAGUGCAGACGUCAAACACGAGUCAGUCACCAGCUGUCGUCGUUUCUUUCUUUUUAUCUCUGUUACAUUUCUUACAUUUACUUUACAUUUUUUAAAGAGGCUGCUCUGAUGUUUCGGUCAAAUAAGAAAACAACACAAAGAGAGUGAAGCUCUAAGUAACAUGUUCAUGUGUGUGUACAGUACUGAGUCUCUGUUCCUGUCGCUUCUGUUACCACCGCUCCUGAAGACGCCUCACGAGACGGCGCGCCGCUCGGUUAAAUACGACCUCAAACGUUCGUCUUAAACGGGCUGUGCUGCACGAAGACUCUCGACACCGCGGCUGCCAAAGAGAUGAGCAUCAAAGAGCGCGGCGUUUAGAGCCAGCGUGAUGGAACGACGUGUUCUUUAACGCGUAAGUGUAGUGUUGUAGACCAAGACCAAGACCGGUCUCGCCCUGCCAUGGUCUUGGUCUUGACUCAGUCUUGCCCUGCCAUGGUCUUGGUCUUGACUCGAUCUCGAUCCCUAAAGGUCUUGGUCUUGACUCAGUCUUGCCCUGCCUUGGUCUUGGUCUUGACUCGAUCCCGAUCCCUAAAGGUCUUGGUCUUGACUCAGUCUCACCCUGCCUUGGUCUUGGUCUUGACUCAGUCUUGCCCUGCCUUGGUCUUGGUCUUGACUCGAUCCCGAUCCCUAAAGGUCUUGGUCUUGACUCAGUCUCACCCUGCCUUGGUCUUGGUCUUGACUCAGUCUUGCCCUGCCAUGGUCUUGGUCUUGACUCAGUCUCGAUCCCUAAAGGUCUUGGUCUUGACUCAGUCUUGCCCUGCCUUGGUCUUGGUCUUGACUCAGUCUCACCCUGCCUUGGUCUUGGUCUUGGUCUUGACUCAGUCUCACCCUGCCUUGGUCUUGUCCUGACUCGGUCUCGAUCCCUAAAGGUCUUGGUCUUGACUCAGUCUUGAUCCCUAAAUGUUUUGGUCUUGUCUCGGAGCACUCUGGUCCCGGGUAUGACUUGGUCUUGGUUCUUGUGGUCUCAACUACAACACUAACUAAGUAAACCUUUUGGCAGCCACAGUGUUGAGAGUCUUUAUGCAUCAUAUCUCGUGUUUUUUAUUUUAUUUUUAUGACUAAUCACCUGAAUAAUAGAUGUCCGUGUGUUUGGGGCCUUUUUAUUGAAAAUGCUUUUGGGUUGUUGAUUUGACUCUGAUCAUUUCUGAGGUAAAAUGGAUCUAUGAAUAUAAAGUGCACAGGGGAUCAGUCCCAUAGACGUCUCUCCUCUUGUUACAUUUAAAAGCAGCUGAAAGUUUUAUUUUAUUUUGUCAUGUAGUUAAAACUGUUUCCUGUUUUACUGCUGUCGGUGUUGCAUGUUUUUCCUGAUGCAGAAAGUGUGUGUGCUUGUUCUCCACACCUGAAACCAAAAAUCAUCAUCGAUUUUAACGGCAGUCUCACACACAUUACCCUCUGCUCAUAAACACAAUGCCUCCACACAGCAGGAGCGAAAUCCUUUGUGACCUCAAAAAUGACCGUCGAGUUUAGUCAACACCUCAAAAGAAAACAAAGAGUAAUCAAAUAUGUGAGUCUGACCUCCGUGUUGAAUCUGUGAGCGAGCAUCUGAUGUCGACUCACUUUCCUCUUUCACAUUCCUGAACAACAAUAAACUCGUUCACCUUCACACAA